AUGGAUUCUCCAAGAUCAGAGAGAUCCCAGACGAGGUUCAGCACUCCCGUUUCUGAUCUCGACGAUCAUCGCCACCAACCCUCUACACGUCCACGCGGCGAUACCGUUGGCAGUCCGCAAAGCCCUCGCAGCCCACUUGAAGGGCGACAUUUAUUUCAAAACGUUGGCAGCGGAGGCCGCCCAGAGCUCCUUCAGGUUAACGACGAACUCCUCAACGCGGGGUCCAUAUCUAGGGAUUUCGAGCAAGCUAUCAUUGACGAUGACAAGAGCGGAAUAGGAGAGAAUAUCAUAGAGCGAAGAGGGUCUUUCAAUCCUGCCACCUCUAGGCGUGGAACUGUUCGGAGAAGCCAAAACCAUCCCAAUCGGUCCAGAGACUCUUCGACCUCCUUUCGGUCUACAUCGCCUGCAAACUCUGUUGAUGCUUUUGCUGACCCACGUCGACGCGAAAGAGCAAACACAAUUGGCAGCAGAGCGCCUUCUGACCUUGACCUUGGUCUUCAGCGCACCGUCUCAGGUGGUACCCAUUGUCGCAGUCGUCGACCUACAUUCAAUAAUGGCAGCGUCCGGAACUUGAGCCUUAAGGAUGAGCGCGCCUCCGUCCAUAACCCAGCAGAAGACGAUGUCUGCUUUCCUACAAUUGAUGAAUCUGCAAAGACCUACAACAUUGACUUCGAGGAGCUGGACGAAUUCGUUGCAGAAACUUUGAAAUCGAAAGCACAUAAUGGGCAUGGUCUAAGGCAGAAACUUAGCUUUAGCUCUCAGGGGAAUAAGCCCCAGAUCUUCAACGACCUCCGCUAUACGGCUGUUCCCGAGAUCAUGACCCAAUCAUCCAAUUCGCUCAAGAUUGGGUCAGAAAGUGUCAUUGACGAUAGCGAUACUGCGAUCAAUGACAAGGAUGGCGCCGAUGAGAAAGCUGGGGAUCCGUUGGGUGUAAAUGGGCCUAGAGAGCGUCGACACAGCCUAGCAGGACCGAGUCGAUAUAGCUUCUUCUCUUCGGAGAUUGAGUCAACCGUCCACGCCGCAGAUUUUGCAGACUUGCUUUCCCCAGGUGAAACAUGCCGCGAUCUCUUCGAGCUUCCAGAUGACAGCGGUGUUUGGUGGCUCGACAUUCUCAAUCCAACCGAAGAAGAGCUUCACGUUUUCCAACGCGCUUUUGGUAUCCAUCGCCUGACCACUGAAGACAUCAACACCCAAGAAGCCCGUGAAAAAGUUGAACUGUUUAAACAGUACUACUUUGUCUGCUUCCGCUCCUUCUUCCAAAUGGACACCAACAGUGAACAAUACAUGGAGCCUGUAAACGUCUACAUGGUCGUCUUCCGCGAAGGUAUCAUCACAAUUACCUACACACCAUCUCCCCAUGCUGCCAACGUCCGCAAGCGUAUUGGCAAGCUCCGCGACUAUAUGGCCCUCACGGCAGACUGGAUCUGCUACGCCAUGAUCGACAAUAUCGUCGACACUUUUGGUCCGCCGAUCCACACUAUUGAGCAUGAAGCCGAUACGAUCGAAGACCAGGUCUUCGUCGCCCGCGUCGAAGACUUCACUCCCUUGUUGCGCCAGAUUGGCGAAUGCCGCAAGAAAGUCAUGUCCCUCAUGCGCCUGCUAGGUGGAAAAGCGGACGUCAUCAAAGGCUUCGCUAAACGUUGCAACGAACAAUACAGCGUUACGCCUCGUGGCGAAAUUGGCCUCUACCUUGGCGACAUACAGGACCACGUCGUCACUAUGAUGAGUAAUCUGGGACACUUCGAGAAGAUGCUCUCGCGCAGCCAUUCCAACUAUCUAGCACAGCUCAGCGUCGGUGCUAUCGCACAGGGCAAUCGGGCCAACGAAGUUUUGUCGAAGAUCACACUGGUGGCGACGAUUUUGGUGCCGCUGAACCUUAUUUGUGGUCUGUUUGGUAUGAACGUGCCAGUGCCAGGGAAAAGCAGCGAGGGGUUGGGCUGGUUCUUUGGUAUAAUUGGAGUCAUUGCUGCGAUCGUGGUGGUGAGCCUGGGUGCUGCGAGGAGAUACAGGUUCUUCUGA